AUGCCCUCUUUCCUGUUGCUGGAAGUCCUCUUCAUUUUCCUGUUUUCUGGAGUACGCCAGUCUCAUCCUCUUCAGGAAGUCCACGUAAGCAGGGAGACCAUUGGGAAGAUUUCAGCGGCUAACAAAAUGAUGCAGUGCUCGGCAGCAGUGGACGUCCUGUUUCUGAUAGACGGAUCGCACAGUGUCGGGAAGGGGAGCUUUGAAAGGUCUAAGCACUUUGCCAUCAUGGUCUGUGACGCUCUGGACAUCAACCCUGAGAGGGUCAGAGUGGGAGCACUCCAGUUCAGUUCCGCUCCUCGUCUGGAAUUCCGCUUGGAUUCGUUUUCAUCCCAACAGGAAGUGAAGGCAAAAAUCAAGAGGAUGGUCUUCAAAGGAGGGCGCACAGACACAGGCCUCGCCCUGAAAUACCUUCUGCGCAAGGGGUUCCCCGGGGGCAGAAAUGCCUCCGUGCCCCAGAUCCUGGUCGUCGCCACUGACGGGCGGUCCCAAGGGCAGGUGGCGCUGCCCGCUGAGCAGCUGAAGGAAAGAGGUGUCACCAUAUUUGCCGUCGGGGUCCGGUUUCCGAGGUGGGAGGAGCUGCACACACUGGCCAGCGAGCCGAGGGAGCAGCACGUGCUCACGGCCGAGCAGGCAGAGGAUGCCACCAACGGUCUGUUAAGUACCCUCAGCAAGGCUGCUGUCUGCACCUUUGCCUCUCCAGACUGCAAGGUCCAGCCUCACCCCUGUGAGCGCAAGACGCUAGAGACGGUCAGGGAGCUUGUCGGCAGCGCCCCGUGCUGGAGAGGAUCGCGGGGGACCGAAGCCGUGCUGGCGGCGCUCUGUCCCUUCUCCAGCUGGAAGAGAGUGUUCCUAACCCACCCUGCCACCUGCUACAGGACCACCUGCCCAGGCGCUUGUGACUCGCAGCCCUGCCAGAAUGGAGGCACGUGUGUUCCAGAAGGACGGGACAGGUACCACUGCCUCUGUCCGCCGGCCUUUGGAGGGGAGGCUAACUGCGCCCCCAAGCUGAGCCUGGAGUGCAGGGUCGACGUCCUCUUCCUGCUGGCCAGCUCAGCGGGCACCACCCCGGAGGGCUUCCUGCGGGCCAAGGCUUUCGUGAAGCGGUUUCUGCAGGCAUCGCUGAGCGAGGACUCCCGGGCCCGCGUGGGUGUGGCCUGGUACAGCGGGGAGCUGGCCCUGGCGGUGCCCGUGGGCGAGUACCGGGACGUGCCGGCCCUGCUCGGGAGCCUCGACGGCCUUCCGUUCGGCGGUGGCGCCACCCUGACGGGCCAUGCCCUGCGGCAGGCGGCGGACCACGGCUUUGGGAGCGCUGCCAGGACGGGCCGGGACCGUCUGCGCAGAGUGCUGGUCCUGCUCACCGAGUCCCCGUCCCAGGACGAGGUGGCCGGCCCCGCACGUCAUGCGAGGGCCCGAGAGCUGCUCCUGCUGGGAGUGGGCACCGAGGCCGUGCGGGCGGAGCUGGAGGAGAUCACCGGCAGCCCGAAGCGCGUCCUGGUCCACGCCGGCCCGCAGGACCUGUUCCACCGAAUCCCUGAGCUGCGGCGGAAGCUGUGCAGCCGGCCGCGGCCAGGCUGCCAGGCACAGUCACUGGACCUGCUCUUCGUGUUGGAUGCCUCGGCCUCGGUGGGGCCUGAGAACUUCGCCCAGAUGCAGAGCUUCGUGAGAAGCCUCACGCUGCAGUUUGACGUGAACCCGGACGUGACACAGGUCGGCCUCGUGGUGUACGGCAGCCGGGUCCAGACAGCCUUCGGGCUGGACACCCAUCUCACCCAUGCCGCGGUGCUGCGGGCCACAAGCCAGGCCCCCUACCUGGGCGGGGUGGGCUCGGUGGGCACAGCCUUGCUGCACGUCUAUGACAAAGUGAUGACUGUCCAGAGGGGCGCCCGGCCUGGUGUCCCCAAGGCCGUGGUGCUGCUCACAGGCGGGAUGGGGGUGGAGGACGCAGCUGUCCCUAUCCGGAAGCUGAGGAACAACGGCGUCUCCGCGUUGGUGGUGGGCGUGGGGCCUGUCCUGAGGGAGGCGCUGCGGAGGCUCGCGGGUCCCCGGGACUCCCUGAUCCACGUGGCAAGCUACGCAGACCUGAGGUACCAGCAGGAUGAGCUCCUCGAGUGGAUAUGUGCAGAAGCCAAGCGGCCGGUCAGCCUGUGCAAGCCCAGCCCGUGCCUGCACGAGGGCACCUGCGUCCUGCAGAACGGGAGCUACCGCUGCGAGUGCCGGGGCGGCUGGCAGGGCCCCCACUGUGGGAACCGGUCCUUGCGAGGAGACGGCCCCGCAGGAGGGCAGCAGCCCUACCCCUCCCAGCACCCACCCAGGAGGCCUGGGCGCCCCGGGCGCUGAGAGCACGCCUGCCCCCUCCGAUCUCCCGGGGUCCUCUGAGCGGCCACCUCCGGCUCCUGCCGGCCCCGCCCGCGUCCCUCAGCCCCAGAGAGGGGCUGCCCCGACUGCGACCGUCCUGCUUGGGGACAGCCACUACGGCCGCUGCAGAAAAGCCUUACUGUGUAAGUAAAUGCUGACUUUCUGUGCCUGGGCGUGCCCGGGUGUCCUCGGUCAGCGCCCCCCGAGGACGGACAAAGGAGCU